GUUAUCAAACCAUCAUCAAAAUUCUCUAUCCAUCAUCCUUUCAUAAUCGAAUAAACCAAGCACAGAAUAGGGAUAAUUUCACCGAAACCUUUGAACAAGUGAUAACUGAUGAAGAAAGAGAUUCUUGCAAAGAUUCGACAGAAGGGGAACAGAGCGAUGUUGAUUAUAUCCAAAAUAACGGGUAUCAAGGUGAAGAAAUGAAUACAAAUGUUAAUGAAGUCUGGUAUGUAAAUAUUAAUAUUAUCGAUUAUAAGAUACCUUGA